CCAGGUUCUGAGCGCGGCCCGGAGAGGUGUGGUCCUGAGACGAGGCCUGAAGAUGGACACCUGCCUCGAGGAGCAGCAGCCCUCACACACACACACACACACACACGCCUCUCACACACGCAGAGACGCGCACGCCGCACACACACGCUCCUGUGUGUGGGACCAGCCCGGCUCCUGCUGAACAGCAGGAGACGACUUCCAUCUGGACAGAGUUCACCUUGACUUCAUCUUGACUGGACUGCUUUGUGAAACACACACUCUUGCAUUAGGACAUCCAUUAGACACACUCAGACACACACACACGCACACACACAUGCACACACACACACAGCCUAGGAGUUUGUAGUUAGAACACGUUAGGCAGUGAUCCUGAAAGAUGUUCAAGUACACACCUCCUUGGCAGGUGUUGUGUCACUCCCUGGAGAAUGAUAUGAAGAGGCAGUUGACCUUUGCCCCCUCACGGGAUGCGCUGGGCGCUGGUGGGCAGCAGCCACUGAGCCGCUCGUACCCGUUUCCAUCCCCACGGCAACCUCCGCCCCCUCCUGCCCCCCCACCACCCCUCUGUGGCCCCCCCGCGGCCGUUGCCAUGGAGCCCGUGUCCACCCCCAGCAUGGUCAGCAGCCCGCGCAAGUGGAACCUGAAGCCGCUGUCGCCGCGGCUGGAGCUGUCGGAGCUGCGCAGCAUGGUCAGCCCCUCCACCCCUGAACACGCCCGCCCUCGCCAUGACAACACACACGCCGAGCGCUCCCUCUCGCCGCACGCCUCGUGGGACGGCCAGUCGCAGGACAGCUCGGCCCUCGAGGGCGUCUCCAUCGGCCGCGCCCACUCGUCCGUCUCCGUGACGACGGCGGCGCCGGGCGAGCGCGGGCAGGACAUGGCGGUGGUGUCGUCGCGCCAGGUUGCCGUGGGAGAAGCGUCCAGGGACGGAGAGGCGUCGUGGUCAGCGGGCGGCAGCAGCACCCCCAGCACGGCGCCCGGCACCCCCACCAGCAGCGUAGGCUCCCACUCCGGCUUCUACUCGUUCGUGGACGACCCGGCGAGCCCCGAGGCCGAGAGCAACGAGGAGUGGAUGACCUCGCCCGAGCGCCAGGCCCAGCUGGCCACGCUGAAGAGGGACCACGGCUACACGCUGCAGACCUACGCGCUCGGACACAAGCCCGACAAGCUGUUCGAGGAGAGCAACGGCGACGCCCGCUACCGGGUGGACAGCAGCGGCGUGUCCAGAGCGGUGGCGGACGAGAGGGAAGUGGUCAAGGUGGACAGGAAGGAGAUCAUCCGCGAGCAGGCGCCCAGGAAGAGCGGCGCCUUUAAGGAGCAGUGGAGCUCGCUGGACAUGCUUGACCUGCCCAGCGCCCAGCAGCGGCUCGUGGACGGCUUCAGCAUCUGCUACGGGCCGGCCAACCCUGCGGCCGAACCCACGCCAGCCGAGCCGGGCACCGUCGACGAGCAGCAGAUCGACUUCAACUCGGCGCGCCAGCAGUUCAUCAUGAUGGAGCGGGCAGGAGGCAGUCCAGUCAUCCGCAGAGCUGCGGACACCAGCGCCCAGCCCACUGCCCCGACACCCAGCGCUCACCCUCCACCCCCCAAGACCUACACCCCCCACGCCUCUCUCCAGAGCUCCGCCUCUCUCAAUAGCCCCGCCUCUCCCCAUAGCUCCACCCCCCAGGCCCCGCCCCAGCCGUACGCGGCGCAGGAGCCCGGCCAGGUGCCGGCUGAGAUGCGGCGCUACAUGUUUGCGGAGGGCAGCGGCGGCGGCGCUCUGGACGUCGUGUCCAAGGAGAGCAGGACGUCUGACGACCGCGCGGGCCGCAGCCAAUCGCUGUCCAGUCCACUCGGCUCGGAGGACGACGUGUUCGUCGUUAGCAACGCGGUGACCGUGAGGGUCACUGAAGGUCAGGACGCCGUGAAGCAGAGCGGCGCGACCGAGCUCGACUCCGGCCUGGGCGACCAGAUGGCGGAGGACGCUAGUGACCGCAGCAGCAGCAGCAGCAGCAGCAGCCCUGCGCCGGACGCUCCUCAGGAGACCGCAGCGGAGAGGGAGGUGCGCAUCGCCCGGGAGACGCCCAUCGAGCGGGAGAUCCGGGUGGCGCAGGAGCGCGAGGAGAGCUUGCGGAGGGUCCGGGGCAUCCGCCACAGCAGCUCGGUCGAGAUGGUGGAGAUCACGAGCAAGCCGCUGCUCUCUCUAGCCCCGCCCACGCUGCCCACGCUGCCCGCUCUGCCCGCCGGCCACGCCAAGCCCAAGGAGAGCAGCCGCGUCAGCUUCCUGAUCCAGCGCGAGAUCGCCCGCGAGCUGCAGCGCACCGACGCCAGCGGCGGCCACAAGGGGGCGCUCUACGACGUGGAGGAGAGGCGGAGGGUGUUCGAGCAGCCGCCGCAGGUGCCGCAGGUCAAGCCCUCGCCCACGCCGCCCGUCUCCGUGCCGACCGCAGCUGCGCCGCUGGACGUCUCUCAGAGCUCGCCCGCCGCUGCCAGAGACGACGGCCGCCCCGCGCUGACGGAGAUCUCGGAGCAGUCCGGCGCGGAGGAGGAGGAGGGGGAGGAGGAGGGGGGGGGCCAGCCCUGCUGCCCACACCGGCACGCUGACCACACCGCUCUCCCCGUGAGCCGAGUGACCCCCGCCGCCAGCUCGGAGCGCUCCUGGGGCCUCCGCACGCGCAUAUCGUUUGCUCCCAGCACUGACCACCAGAGGGCGCCCUCCCCGGCCAGCGGCCGCUCCUCCACCGGCGCCUUCUUCUUCUCCUCCAGCAGCCGGAGCUCCCUCAGCGGGGCGGGGCAGGGCGGGGACGCCAGGAGCGCACCUGCCUGGAAGGCUCACCUGGAGCGCCGCGACCUUGAGCAGCAUCACCUGGAGCGCCGCGACCUUGAGCAGGAGCGCCGCGACCUUGAGCAGCAUCACCUGGAGCAGCGCGACCUUGAGCAGCAUCACCUGGAGCGCCGCGACCUUGAGCAGCAUCACCUGGAGCGCCGCGACCUUGAGCAGACUCACCUGGAGCGCCGCGACCUUGAGCAGCAUCACCUGGAGCGCCGCGACCUUGAGCAGGAGCAGCGCGACCUUGAGCAGGAGCAGCGCGACCUUGAGCAGCAUCACCUGGAGCGCCGCGACCUUGAGCAGGAGCAGCGCGACCUUGAGCAGGAGCAGCGCGACCUUGAGCUGCGUCUGCAGAGCGCUCCGGAGGUGAUCCGCGAGGACAUCGAGCGCGACCUGCAGCGGGAGCAGGAGCACCAGACUCAGUCUCGGGCGCGCGCCGCCUCGCUGGACACGGGCCUGGACCAUGUGGACGGCUCCGAGCAGGUGGUCACCAUGACGACAACAACACCGAAAACGCAAACAGACACAACAGAACCGCCGAAGAACACAACAUGCCAGCCCAGCGGUGCCGAGACAGCAGCACCUCCUAAAGAACCGGUUCCGCCAGAGGAACCCGUACCGGUUCUGCCAGAGGAACCCGUGAAGCCUGUGAGUUCUAGAUCAUCGUACUCCUGGAGCGUCGACACACACCCCACCAGGAGAAUGGCCUCAACAGAUAAAGCGUUGCACACGCCCUCUCCACGCCCGUACGGACGACUCCCCUCCAUCUCCAUGGUGACGGCCCAGCCGUGGGGGAACCAGAAGCCGGUCUCCGUGGCGAUGGCCCGGGUGCCUCCGCUGGUGCUGCCCCCCUCUGGCCGGCUGGAGCGACUGCGGAGCAGCGACGCACUGGCCCCCCCCCUCACCCCCACCUCCCCCCCCCGCGGCCUCACACACACGCUGCUGGAGGGCUUUGAGGAGCACCGCGCCAAACUCAAGAUGGAGGAGAACGCCUAUGCCGGGAUCCAGCCCUCGGACGACGUAAAUCACGAGGUCCUGGAGGCGACGCGUGUGACGCGGCACAAGAACAGGAUGGCGCUGCGCUGGGAGGCGGGUGUGUAUGCCAACGAGGACGACAAGUGAGCGUGCCCUCCUCUCGUGCCCGCUCGUGCCCUCCUCUCGUGCCCUCCUCUCGUGCCCGCUCGUGCCCGCUCGGGCCAGCUGAACGCUCAGAGCUCCCGCAGGACUGAGUGCCAACACACACAGCUCGCCUCCUCAACCAAGACUGCCAAUCCACGCCAACGUAAACCUUCAAAUGCAUCAUACCUCUCCUGCAGCCUGGGAACAGAUCAACACUCUGCACUCUGCCCCCCCAAUACACCUCUGCCCCCCCAAUACACCUCUGCCCACAGAAAAACACCUUCCAAAGUCUUCCAAGAAUAUCAUUAGAAUUAUAGUUGAGAAGAGAACCUGAUGCUUACCAAACGAUUCCCUUGCGGUGUGGAUCUGAUGUCCAGCCUGACCUGUAGAGCCACGUCUCCUGAGGGUGCCCUCUACGACCUCUGACCUUUAGAGCCACGCCUCCUGAGGGUGCCCUCUACGACCUCUGACCUUUAGAGCCACGUCUCCUGAGGGUGCCCUCUACGACCUCUGACCUGUAGAGCCACGUCUCCUGAGGGUGCCCUCUACGACCUCUGACCUUUAGAGCCAUGUCUCCUGAGGGUGCCCUCUACGACCUCUGACCUAUAGAGCCACGUCUCCUGAGGGUGCCCUCUACGACCUCUGACCUUUAGAGCCACGUCUCCUGAGGGUGCCCUCUAUUGGUCCUCGGAGCUGUGUGACCCUUGACCCUCUGAGUGGCCAGCCUGACAUUAGAGCAUCAUUAGAGUAUCAUAGCAACAGCAGCAGAAGCUGGGUGACACCGGUCAGUCUGUCAGAGUGCUGAAAGACUGUAGCUCAGGAGAUCCACUGAGAUCACUUGGGAUCAUAUGUGUAGUAGCUCAGGAGAUCCACUGAGAUCACUUGGGAUCAUAUGUGUAGUACCUCAGGAGAUCCACUGAGAUCACUUGGGAUCAUAUGUGUAGUAGCUCAAGAGAUCCACUGAGAUCACUUGGGAUCACAUGUCUAGCUCAGGAGAUCCAUUGAGGUCACUUGGGAUCACAUGUAUUAAUAUUAAUAGCAAAUAUUAUCUGUCCAUAAGGAAGAGAAUGUGUUAUCUGUCCAGAGAAAAGAUCACCCUCGCCAUACACGAAACAUGAAUCUUACACAAGAUCAACCAGCAUCCCUGAUCAUGACAAGAUGACCCUCCAAAAGUGAAAUCUCUUCCAUCUUCCUACAUCUUACAUGAGAUCAACCAGCCUUCAUGUUCAUGACAAGAGUGUGUAUGAUCGAGAACACACACGACUAGAGAAUCUCAUCACACUUUGUCCUAACCUGAGGCAUUCCUAUUGAUCCCGUGUGUGUGUGUGUGUGUGUGUGUGUGUGUGUGUGUGUGUGUACACAUUCCCAAGGGCUGAAUCAGGGGCAAGGUCAGAGCUUUUCCUCAGCAGUUUGAGUGCUUCGUUUUUCCAAAUCUAACGCUGAUUCGCGUCAUGCCUGUGUCCUUUUGCUUAAAGCAAACUUCUCUCUCCGCAGCUGAAAGUCCCAUUGAAUUCUAAUUUAAUAUUGUAAAAAACUUGAACAUCUUGAAAAUGUAUUUAAUUCUGUUUUACAGCGUAUUUUGAAAAGCUGGAAAUUAGACUGAAACAAAUAAACUAAUAACAUAAUUGAAAA